AUGUCGUGUAAUUGUUCGGCUAUCAUGAAACAACUACAAAAAAAAUCUGAUGCAGACUCCAGCCGCUCCAGGUCUCCAAUAAAAAAAAAUCCAAAGGGAAAGCGAGUAGAUUCUGGUAAAAGACUACUAAUAAUUAAUACUUACAAAUCAAAAUUGGCGGCAGAUCCAGAAAAGUCGAUAAGAAUACUCCGGCAAGAGAUAUCUAAAGAAUUAGGCAUUGGAGCAACUACGAUUUCCAAAACAAUCAUGGUAUACAACCGUUCGAAAAUUGUGAUAUCUCCAUGUAGAACACGAGCUAAGAUAUCCGCUCGCAUUAUAUUUGAUGAAUUCCAAAGAAAUGUGGUUCGUAGGCACGUGCACAGUUUUUGGUUUAAACGUGAAAUUCCGACUGUAGACAAAAUAUAUCAAGUGGUUUCUAACGAUGAGUCUUUACCACCGAUCUCACGGACCAGCCUUUUUCGCAUUUUAAAAGAGAUGGGUUUUAAGUACAGUCAACGAAGUGGAAAUGGCGCACUGACGGAAAAAUCUAAAAUUGUUUUGUGGCGUAGACGGUUUCUUGAAGAUUUAAAAAAAUACCGGGAAGAGGGUCGACAUAUUUACUACUUGGAUGAAACCUCUAUAAAUUCUGGAGAAUGCACAAUAAAAUCACCACAGGACGAAUUUUUACAAGAUCAAAAAACCGGAGUUGUAAAUUCGUCGGGAAAAGAUAAACACCUUAUAGUCCUCAAUAUAGGUUCGGAAGACGGCUUUGUUCCGGAAGCAUUAUUAUGUUUUGAGUCGAAAAAAAAUUCUAGGAAUUCUCACGAUGAAAUUAAUGGCGAAACAUUUAACGAAUGGAUUGACAGUGUAUUGCCUCGAUUAAAAAAGAAAUGUGUGAUAAUCAUGGACAAUGCCUCAUACCAUUCAGUAAAGGUUGAUAAAGCACCUACGUCGAAAACCGAGAAGGCUAAUAUUAUUAAGUGGUUGAAAGAUAAGAAUGAAAUUAUAGACAGACCUAUGGUUAUUCCACAACUCCUUGAAAUAGUGAAAAGGGUAAAGCAUGAUAAAUAUGUAGUUGAUGAAUUAGCCAAACAAUAUGAUUCUAUUAUACUUAGACUACCUCCACAUCAUUGCGAACUAAAUCCAAUGGAAUUGGCUUGGUCAGCGGUUAAAAAUUAUGUUAUGACAAACAAUACAACUUAUAAAUUAACCGAUGUCGAAGAAUUAUUAAUUGAGGGCGUCGAACGUGUGAAGCCAAACAUGUGGAAGGAUUUUAUCAGUCAGACGAAGAAAGAAGAAGACAAAUUUUGGAAAAUUGAUUUCAUUGUAGAUGACGUAUUAUCUGCUGAGGUAGAAACUGUAACGAUGACAAUCGGAGAUACAUCAUCAGACGAAUCCAGCAUUACAUCUGACUAA